AAGUUGUGGCCUGGCAUGCAUCUUGAGCCUCUUCCUGCAAAUUUAACAGGACAUGCAGAGAAGGUGGGGAUUGAAAAUUUUGAGCUCCUGAAAGUCCUAGGAACUGGAGCAUAUGGAAAAGUAUUUCUAGUUCGUAAAAUAAGUGGUCAUGAUGCUGGAAAGCUGUAUGCCAUGAAGGUUUUGAAAAAGGCAACAAUAGUUCAAAAGGCCAAAACCACAGAGCACACGCGGACGGAGCGACAGGUCCUGGAGCACAUCAGGCAGUCGCCGUUUUUGGUGACGUUGCACUAUGCCUUCCAGACAGAAACCAAACUUCAUCUCAUUUUAGAUUAUAUAAAUGGUGGAGAACUUUUUACUCAUCUUUCUCAAAGAGAGCGUUUCACAGAGCACGAGGUGCAGAUCUAUAUUGGAGAGAUUGUGCUCGCCCUUGAACAUCUCCACAAGUUGGGGAUUAUAUACCGUGACAUUAAGCUUGAGAAUAUUCUGCUUGAUUCUAAUGGCCAUGUGGUGCUGACAGAUUUUGGUCUGAGUAAGGAGUUUGUGGCUGAUGAAGCUGAAAGAGCAUAUUCAUUUUGUGGCACUAUUGAAUACAUGGCACCAGAUAUCAUCAGAGGAGGAGAUUCGGGACAUGACAAGGCAGUUGACUGGUGGAGUUUAGGUGUCCUAAUGUAUGAACUACUAACUGGAGCGUCUCCUUUCACUGUGGAUGGGGAGAAGAAUUCCCAAGCUGAGAUCUCUAGGAGAAUAUUAAAAAGUGAGCCUCCGUACCCCCAAGAUAUGAGUGCUUUAGCUAAAGACUUAAUUCAGCGUCUUCUGAUGAAAGAUCCUAAGAAAAGAUUGGGAUGUGGUCCGCGUGAUGCAGAUGAAAUCAAAGAGCAUCUCUUUUUUCAGAAAAUAAAUUGGGAUGAUUUAGCUGCCAAAAAAGUGCCCGCACCAUUUAAGCCAGUCAUCCGAGAUGAAUUAGAUGUGAGUAACUUUGCAGAAGAGUUCACAGAAAUGGAUCCCACCUACUCCCCGGCAGCGCUGCCCCAGAACUCUGAGAGGCUGUUUCAGGGCUAUUCCUUCGUUGCUCCUUCUAUUCUCUUCAAGCCCAACGCAGCUGUUGUAGAUCCUCUUCAGUGUCACACAGGAGUGGAACGUCCUGGGGCGACAAAUGUUGCCAGGAGUGCAAUGAUCAAGGACUCUCCAUUCUAUCAGCACUAUGACCUAGAUCUGAAAGACAAGCCAUUGGGAGAAGGAAGUUUUUCAAUUUGUCGAAAGUGCAUACACAAAAAAAGUAACCAAGCAUUUGCAGUCAAAAUAAUCAGCAAAAGGAUGGAAGCCAAUACUCAGAAAGAAAUAACAGCACUGAAGCUCUGUGAAGGACACCCCAAUAUCGUGAAAUUGCACGAAGUUUUUCAUGAUCAGCUUCACACUUUUCUAGUUAUGGAACUUCUGAACGGGGGAGAGCUGUUCGAACGCAUUAAGAAAAAGAAGCACUUCAGUGAGACCGAAGCCAGCUACAUCAUGCGGAAGCUGGUUUCAGCUGUGAGCCACAUGCACGACGUCGGAGUGGUGCACAGAGACCUGAAGCCCGAGAAUUUACUGUUCACUGAUGAACAUGACAACUUGGAAAUUAAAGUAAUUGACUUCGGGUUUGCGCGCUUAAAGCCGCCUGACAAUCAGCCUCUCAAGACCCCGUGCUUCACCCUCCACUACGCUGCCCCCGAGCUCUUGAACCAGAACGGCUACGACGAGUCCUGCGACCUCUGGAGCCUGGGCGUCAUUCUGUAUACAAUGUUGUCUGGGCAAGUUCCAUUCCAGUCUCAUGACAAAAGUUUGACAUGCACCAGUGCAGUGGAAAUCAUGAAGAAAAUCAAAACGGGAGAUUUCUCCUUUGAAGGAGAAGCCUGGAAGAAUGUAUCCCAAGAAGCUAAAGAUCUGAUCCAAGGACUUCUCACAGUUGAUCCAAAUAAAAGGCUUAAAAUGUCUGGCCUGAGAUACAAUGAAUGGCUCCAAGACGGCAGUCAGCUGUCCUCCAACCCUCUGAUGACUCCCGACAUCCUGGGGUCUUCAGGAGCCGCCGUGCACACCUGCGUGAAGGCCACCUUCCACGCCUUUAACAAAUACAAGAGAGAGGGGUUUUGCCUUCAGAAUGUCGACAAGGCCCCUCUGGCUAAGAGAAGGAAGAUGAAAAAGACCAGCACCAGUACGGAGACGCGCAGCAGCUCCAGCGAGAGCUCCCAUUCUUCGUCCUCUCACUCUCACGGUAAAACCACCCCCACAAAGGCACUGCAGCCCAGCAACCCUGCCGACAGCAAUAACCCCGAGCCCCUCUUCCAGUUCUCGGACUGAACGGCACUUUUGCUCUCUCGGCGAUGCCUGAGGUGAUGUUUCGUCAAAGUCAAAGCUUGUCUACUUUAAGAAAAUAAAAUAUCCUGAAUGAGCCAAAAAAACAAAAACAAUAACCACCAACCAAACAGAAAAACAAGUCCCGCUGGUCUCAUUGGAAUCUGCCUCUUGGGGAAUUUUUUCAGGAAAACCCACUGUUAUCCUUGUCCUAAUGCACUGGGCAGAGAACAAAGCACUGGGCAGAGAACGUUACUGUGAAUGAAGCACAGGUUACACGGUUUAGUGACCUACCUGGUGCCAGCAGGACGGUUCUGGAAGGAGCAGAGGCCCCUAUAAAUGCGAUUGGGGGCUGGCCAGAUUCGAACUGCUUGCAGAGUAGUCACAGGCCUUUCAGCUGUCUGCCAGCAAGUUACUCCUACUGUGGCGACACCUUCUGCUUCGCCUUGUGGAUAAUGUGGGCUUUUAAGAGAUUUGCACCCUUUCAACAGGGAUUUAUCAGAGAAAAAAUGUCUGUUUUAAAAAAGAUUCUGUAAUGAAUUUUAUGUGUGGCAUAUACUUAUUUCUGAACAAGGAUUUUAACUUAUUGUCUUUAUUUUAUGGUUACAUAUGAUGAUAACCUACUAUUAAUCUUUUUCAAAAAGUAAAAGAAAAGCUAUAAGGACUCAUGGCCCCGGGCUUUGUCUUUGGGGCCCAACUGAGUGCAUGCUCAGCUCCGUGUUUCUCACUUUGCACUGCUCUGUCCUGGCAGUUUGUUCAAUGGUAUUGCGAGCCAUUAAGGUACAUGUCUCUGUUUUAGGUAACAUUGCACUUUAUAAAAGAAUAUGAAUAAAGCGAACUAUUUUAUAAAGUGCACUGGUUAAAGCGUAUGUACUGUAUUUUUGCCAUUUUUUUUUUCGUUAUCUACUUUAAAUUUGUCCUCACACCCCCUUCUACCUUGUUUGCAACAAGUAGCAUGAGCCGUGUGGCAUAACGUCACCAUCAGCCACGCAGGCACCGAUGUGAGGAAAAGCUAAAGGGAAAUUCUGUUCAACACUGUGCUUUAUAUUUGUACACUGUGUUGUCUACAGUGAGGCAUUUCCUCCUGUGGCUGGAUAUCAUGUACAUAAUAUUUUAAAAUCAUAACUAUGACUUAUUUGGAAAUUUUCCUGUUAAAUUUUGAAUCCAGAAAGCAUAUUUUAUAAACUUAUGCAGAGCACUUUUAUUGCUCAAAAGUUCUGAAUUCAUACACAAAACAAGCGCUUUGUGAUGAAGACAUUUUACUGAGAGAUUGCUGCAUUUACAAAUAUGAUUAAUUCAUUUCCUAUGCAAAAAAAGAAGUGGUAGAAUUUGUAUGUUCUGUUUUCUUUUAAAGCUAUCACACGAAAUGUUAGGACUGAGAAAGGUGAUCUUGGCUAUGUUUACAGGAAUCAUGCUUAAAAGAUAAAUCCCAAUUCAUUUCUUUUCGUUUUUGUUAAUGAUAACCUCUGGAGCAUUAGUUUGGAAUUUGGGUGUGAUAUUUAUUUAUUCAUUUAUUGAGAUAAUGCAGCAUUAAUUUCAACCAAUUAUGAAUACUAAAAAUAUUGCACUCUAUGUAACAGUAGUAUAUUUAUUGCUAAAUCAAUGUAUAUAUUAUUAGCACAAGCAACAAAAAUGGCAAAUAUUAAAAUAUUUUCAAAAUAUU